UGUUCUCUGAGCAAUAGACAGCGAUCUGCCUCUGAAACGGUCUGACGCUACAGCUUUUGAAAUGGCGUUGAUGCAGUUAAAUACACCUCUGUUUGUAGUUUUAGUGCUCGUCUAGUUCGCUUCAGAUUUUAGUUUGUAGGCCCAGCAUGAAAUUCUGGACCUAGCCUCUAUACCUAGGCAUUGCAUAGUUGAUAAACAAUAAUGUGCUAAAGCAAAUUGGUAAUCAUUUACGUUGCAUAAUAAGGCCGCAGCCGCCCCCGAGCUAGAGUCAGGAUUACAGCGGAUUUGAAUGAUCGGCCCUGCCGCAGCAAGACUUCGAUUUCCUGGUGAAUUGUAGUGGACAAACUGCAAUCUGGAUAUGAAGUGAAAGUUUUACUAGUAAUAUCAGGAUAUCACCCAUAAAACUGUUUUUAAUUAGUUAAACACUCCCCACCUUCUGGUAGAUACUUAAAAUCUUCACACAUAUUAUAUUUGGUAGCUAGUUCACAGUCACUAUGGCAUCUGUGCCGGUCUACUGCUUGUGUCGCCUGCCGUAUGAUGUCACUCGCUUCAUGAUUGAGUGUGACAUUUGUCAAGACUGGUUCCAUGGAAGCUGUGUUGGAGUAGAGGAGGAGAAAGCAACUGAGAUUGACUUGUAUCACUGUCCUAACUGUCAGGUCACCCAUGGACCAUCUGUCAUGCGCAAACGCCGUGGAGGCCACAAGCAGACAGAAGGUGCAGCUGCAGCAAGGGAUCCAAGUCGACCUGUUAAGACAGGGAGCUCACAGUUUGUUAGAGAACUACGAAGUCGCACCUUUCCAAGUGCGGAUGAAGUCUUGCUAAAGCCAUCUGGGGCCCAGCUGACAGUGGAGUUUCUUGAGGAGCAUUCAUUCAGUGUUCCAGUCAUGGUGCUGAGGCGAGAUGGCCUAGGCAUGACCCUUCCUCCAUCAUCAUUCAAUGUCAGCGAUGUAGAGCACUACAUCGGUGCAGACAAAGAGAUUGAUGUAAUUGAUGUGUCUCGUCAGUGUGAUCUAAAGAUGCGAUUGGGAGACUUUGUUGAAUACUACAAUAGCCCCAACAGAGACAAAGUAUUCAACGUCAUCAGUCUAGAGUUUUCUGAGACCAGGCUCUCAAACUUAGUGGAGACACCAAAAAUUGUGAGGAAACUGUCAUGGGUGGAAAACCUCUGGCCUGAAGAAUCCGUCUUUGAACGCCCCAAUGUGCAGAAGUAUUGCCUUAUGGGAGUCAAAGACAGUUACACAGACUUUCACAUUGAUUUUGGGGGCACCUCAGUAUGGUACCAUGUUCUGAGGGGUGAGAAAAUCUUCUACCUAAUUGCCCCCACACCAGCCAACCUAGCACUUUUUGAGAGAUGGAACUCUUCAUCUAACCAAAAUGAGAUGUUCUUUGGGGACCAAGUUGACAUGUGUUACAAGUGCUCUGUCAAACAAGGAAACACCUUGUUCAUACCAACAGGUUGGAUUCAUUCUGUACUGACUCCAGUGGAUUGCCUGGCCUUUGGGGGAAAUUUCCUGCAUAGUCUAAAUAUUGACAUGCAAUUACGAGCUUAUGAAAUUGAGAAGAGGUUGAGCACAGCAGACUUGUUCCGAUUUCCUAACUUUGAGACAGUUUGCUGGUAUGUUGGAAAGCAUCUACUUGAUACAUUUAGAGGUCUGAGAGAAAAUCGAAGGCAUCCUGCCACUUAUCUUGUUCAUGGUGCGAAAGCCCUAAAUAAUGCCUUCCGCAGCUGGACUCGAAAAGAGGCAUUAGCAGAACAUGAAGUGGAGAUUCCAGAAACUAUAAAUACUCAGAUAUUGGUGAAGGACCUGGCAAAGGAGAUUCGCCUGGUAGAGGAUAUCUUCCAGCAGAACAUUGGCCGCACAGCACCUCAGUUUUCUGGUUCACCACUUUCUAAAGCUCCACUGACCACCUCCCAGAACUCUGGACGACCCCCAGGAAAAAAGAAAGGCCCCAAGCCCAAGGAAGUGAUAGGUGGGGUUGUGCCUCCUGGAAUCAAGAAGAAAAGUCAAAAGGGGCUACUUAAGGCAGAAGCAGGUGAACUAGACCUCAUUGAGAUCCACACCAAACAUACACUGAAGAAAUUUCAACCUGGCAAGUCCAAAAGCAAAAACAAGUUGGAGUUGCCAUUAGAAGAAUUUGAAGGGAAGAUAAAUAAAAGCAAACUGAAGCUUGUGUUGACCAAUGGAAAAAUUCAAGGCAAGAAGGAUGGCAGCAGUAAUGGUUCAGCAUCUGCUGGAAACUAUAAACGUCAUUCUGUGGAAGGAUCAAAUUUGUCAGACCUGGAAUCGGAAGAUGAGCUGCAGAUUGAUGAGACUCCUCCUCCGCGACGCAAGCCUGCAGGUCCAAGCAAGAAGAAGAAACUAAGUGGUCUCCCGAGGAAGCUUCCCAGAGCUAAACCCUGUUCUGAUCCCAACCGCAUCAGGGAGCCAGGCGAGGUAGACUUUGACAUUGAGGAAGAUUACACCACAGAUGAGGAAGCACUAGCUGCCCAUGGAGUGAAGGGAGGUGCAGGAGGCAUUCUGGAUUUGUUAAAGGCCAGCAAGCAAGUGGCAGGCUUGGACCCUGCAGCACUCAGUGAGGAAGCCCCAGCCUCACCCAGUACUCGUGAUGCCAUUCAGGGCAUGCUUUCAAUGGCCAACCCUCCUUCCUCGUCCUCAUCUUCCUCCUCUUCGUCUCCCUUAUCUAUCUCGGGAGGACUGACCGAGGGAUUAGGGGUGGUGAAGGAAAAGGGUGGCAAAGCAGUGUGGGUCACUGGAGGGGUCAAAAAGACAGCAAGUCUUGAGAAGAAGUCUGUCAUUCAGCGGCCUGGGAAACGGCCAAUUAAGAGGCCAGCACGUCAUCUUAGUGAUGAGGACAGUCCAGAUGAGCAAGAGACUCUGGGAACAUGUUUUAAAGACUCAGACUAUGUUUAUCCGUCCCUGGAGUCUGACGAGGAGGACCAUGCUAGCAAAGCUAAGAUGAAGCGGAAGAAAAACUGGGAUGACACACCUUGGAGUCCAAAGGCCAGGGUAAUGCCCACCCUUCCCAAACAGGAUCGACCAGCAAGGGAAGGGGCUAGAGUUGCAUCUGUAGAGACUGGUCUUGCAGCAGCUGCUGCUAAGCUGGCUCAACAAGAGCAGCAAAAACCUACCAAGAGGAAGUACACCAAAAAGCAGCGUCCUCCUGCUCCUGUUGUCGCUUCUCCCCCUGUUCAGACUGAGCCAGCACCGUCCUCUCCACCGAAUGUUUCAGAGUCUGCAGCAGACUUAAGCCCAGACAGAAGGAUGGAUUACUACUCAGCUAGUCUGUUGGACCAUGAAUACACAGCAGGGCCAGGACCUUUUGGCCCUGGAGGGCCUCGAGGCAGCGGUGCCAUGGCCCCUGGUGUAUUUCUAACGUCUCGCCGACCUUCGCUGUCUCCACAGAACAGCAGCUCUCAUUCUGGUGCAUCUCCUUCUGGUUUAGCCAGCCAAGGCACAGUAGGGGUUGGUCAUGGAAAACGUCCAAAGAAAGGACUUGCAACUGCAAAACAGAGACUUGGAAAAAUUCUGAAAAUCCACCGCAAUGGCAAACUUCUCUUGUGAGAGAUGUUGGAAGUGUGGCUAAAGACUCGAGUGUGAAUGAAGAAAAGGGCUUUUGUGAAAGUAGGUCCGAAAGAAAUGUAGAUAGCAACCUAUAUUUUGUAUUCUAGAUGAAUUUGUUUACCUGUUAUUGAACUUCAUAAAAUCUGCCCAGCCAGUUAGCAGCUUGUUUUGGCCUCACUUUUCCAUACCUACAUAAGUGUAUUUCCCCAGGCACAUCUGUGACUAUGUAAUGUUUUAUCUACAGGCUUAAUGUGGUAGGCAGCAUGUAAUGAUCACAUUACACAUAAUUCACAUUGGCCACAGAAAAAUGUGGUUAGCGUUUUAGAUCUACAGUUGGAAAUAGGUGUCACUAACCAAAUGAAAUUCAAUGUAAUAAAUUGACAAAGCCUAAUGUUUUUUAUUUAGACUGUUUUUAUUAGUUUUGUUUAUGUAAAAACAAUAAACUGUCAGAUGUUUUAAAAGGGACACAAAUACGCGCAUACACAAGUAAAUUGUAAUGUUCGUAUAGCCCUAAUGCUUUGUGUAGACAUACAUGGAAACCCUAACACAUCAUGCAGUUGUUAAAUUGUGUGUAGCUGUUUUUUUAUUUCAUAAAACACAUUCUGAUGUGCUAUGGUGAUUAAAGAACACCAACCACAAUAAAGUGUAUGCACAAGGUCAGUACUCGGUAUGCUACACGUAUCAAUACAUUUUGAGGAUUCUGAUGUUUCUAUAAUUCUUCAUCUAAUUUCUAAAUGUACAAACAAAACAGACAGUGACCAUUUGCAACAGAUGCAAAGAGUAACAUCCCAUAUUUGUAUUUAUUCUGAUGAUAUUUAUUUUACUCAGCAGCCUUUUGCCACUUCUUGGACUGUUUUUAAUGUAUGUUUACCAUCAAGAGCUCCUUGAUCCUCAUUUUAUUGGCAAUCACCUGAUACCCAUGUCUUUGUUAAAUUUUUUUUUACAGCUUCACUUGUCAUUGUACAUAAUUGCAGUAUGUGUAAUUUAUAUAGCUAAAUUGGGAAAACAAAAAGAUACCAAUUAUCAGACUAGUUACCUGCAAUUUGCCUUUUGGGACAGAUCUAGAGACUUUUUUUUUCACAGAAUGUACUAGUGAUAACAUUUCAUCUGAAAUGUAGAUUUAACUGUGUGAAAACAUUGUGAAUGUGCAGGAUAUGAAUUGCUAUGUAAAUACAUGUUGUAAUUUAUGUUCUUUUAUAGUUGGAAAAACUUUGAAAUCUUUCUUAACUUGUACAUGAUACAUUGCUGUAUUUGAAAAAUAUCUGAAAUAGUUCUUUUUAUAUUUGUAUGCAGUUAUUGUCUUGUUUAGUUUGUCAUGUUGUCUUGUUAGUAUAAUAUUGGAAAUGUGCUGGAAUAAUGCCAUUGUUAAAUUUCAUCCAUUUAGUUUUAUAUUGAUUAUUGUUGACACUCACUCUUGUGUUAGUGUGUACUGUAUUUUUCAAACAUGAUAUGUUUAAAUACGACCUGGAAAGAUAAAAUAUAUCUUCUGCAUCUAUCUUAUUAAUUUUCUUAAUUAUUCAGUUCAUUCAAGGUCUGCCAAAUCACCAAAACUGUGAUUUGUAUGCCAGAUUAUUGGUUUUCUGUUAACUAUACCACAGUCUUCUGGAAAGAGAAUUUCCAGAGAAUUUCUUUUACUAUAACUAUGGGGAAAUUUAGUCAACUCUGUACUGGAACAUAUCAUUAAGUGCAACAAGAAAUGUGUAGUAUUAAACACAUUGCUUGUUCCUGUAAUUAAAGAGCAAUUUGGUUUUUUGUAGUACCUACAAGACAGUAAUAAGCCUCCUCAGACGGAAAAAGGGAUGUUUGCAGUUUCUCUCAGGGGAUUUUUGUCGCUGUACAAAUUACUGCGUGGGUAUCGUUUUCAUCUAAACAUCACUUCCUUUGCUAUAUUUUAAAAAUAACUUCUCAGCUUUAGUGGUUUUAAUACAUUUAUUAGAAUUGUCCAGUGUUUAUAUUUUAUUUGUUGGCGAGUUUGAAUACACUUUCACAAUAAAGUGCAUUAAAAUAUA